AUUUGACCAACAGUCAUACUGGACGUCCGUAUAUAAAUAUCUGUAAGAAUAAACAAGGAAAAGUAAUAAUAGUGAUAAUUAGCAAGUGUGUAGAUUUAAAUCAGAAGACCAGACUCUCUCUCUCUCUCUCUAGCCCAAUAAGCUUAGUCCAAAUAUACAAUUUUGUAUACAAACUAAUAAUUACAACGGUAUCGUAAGUGGGUGUGUUCGAGUGGCAGCAAUAUGAGAGCUAACGACGGUCGUUUGUGGGGCAAAUUUCAUAAUGACGAUUUCGAAAUAAGAAGUUUGACUAAGGCAGAUUUGGAGGAAGCUUUAGAGGUAUUGGAUAAAUCAUUUUUCAUAAAUGAAUCCGUUUGCAUUGCCUGUGAAAUAAAUUUGCCAGAAAACGGCCAAGCCAGAACCGAACUACGCGAACUGUGUCGCUUAACUGCAGAUGAUGGAAUCUCGUUGGUGGCAAAACAUGUGGAGAGUGGCACAAUUGUGGGUGUGGCCUUCAACAAAAUACAGUACGUACCACCGAACGGUCAGGAACCAUUCUUCAUACAAUUUCGAAAAGAGCGCGCCCGCUCGCCCCAUGCUAAAGCUCUUAUGGACUUUAUGAUCGGCGUUGACUCUGAAACGGAUGUAUUUGAGUUAUAUAACAUCGAUACACUUUUGGAAUUAAUGUUUCUCGCCACAUUACCGGAAUGGGGUCGUCGUGGUGUGGGCACAGAGCUAAUACGUUACACCAUACACUUGGCACGCGAACUCUCGCAGGGCAUUGGUGUUGAGGAAAUACAUCCACAAUUGCGUGCUAUGCGCCCCAAAGCGGUGACGGCUAUCUUUACAUCGAUAUUCUCACAAAAAGGUGGUCGCGCAAAUAAUUUCAAAGUAAUCAACACUAUACCCUACACACGUUUCUCGUUCAAUGGCCAAACAUAUGAUCAGCGUAUAAGUCCACUGCACAAAACAACCGAACAUGUUGCGCUUUUGUUGUAGGAAUGGAGAAUUUUUCACUAACUGAAUUUGAUUUGAAUGAAUGAUUCAUGAUUAUUUGAAAUGUUUUCACUUUGGUAAUAUGAAGAGAACCUGAGAAGAAACUUUGUUUUGAUGUGAACUGUAGUUGUUGAGAGGUUUUGCAGAAGGUGCUGGAAAUAAUCACUGUUAUUUAGCGCUUUGUAAAUCAUUUGUAGAGCAAAUACAAUAAAUUAGCAUGAAAAAUA